UUGGUAAAGGCUAUGAUUGGAUAAACACUAGCCCAUUAUGCAAUGACUCAAAGGUAUCGCGAAAAGAAAAAUUAUUUUUUUUGUUCCGCUAAAAAGAAAAAACUCCACACGUUUUCUUUUUUUUUGUUCCCCCUUCAUUUUCAUUCAUUACUACAAUAAUGGUCAGCGUUGGUAUUGUUGGUGUCGGUCUCGUCGGCUCUGAAUUAUUGGCUCAAUUGCACGCGACAAGCGCCAAGCGCUUAAACAUUGUCGGUCUGACCAAUUCGCGCAACAUGGUGGUCUCGGACACCGAGUACAAGCCCCUGUCGUUGACACAGUGGAAGCAAGACCUUGAAACCAGCGGCGUGCAAGCCGACCUGGGCGUGUUUGCAAAGUACUUGGCCGAUUCACCCGACCAUGCCGUCAUUGUCGACUGCACUGCCUCGGACGCCGUGUCACAGCUGUACCCUGAAUGGCUCAAGGCCGGCGUCAGCGUUGUGACACCCAACAAAAAGGGCUUCUCCGGCUCGCUUGAACUCUACAAGCAGAUCGUCUCGUUGGCUGCCAACUUGGGUCCAUCGGAUGGCGCCAAGACGCCUCUGGCUUAUCACGAAUCCACCGUGGGCGCUGGUUUGCCCGUCUUGUCGACCUUGUCGGAUCUGGUCAAGACCGGUGACAGCAUUGAAAAGAUCGAAGGUAUCUUUUCCGGCACGUUGAGCUACUUGUUCAACAACUUUUCGUCGCUUUCGUCAGAAGGAAAAAGUCAGUCGUUUUCCGAAAUCGUCAAGGUGGCCAAGGAAUUGGGCUACACCGAACCUGAUCCGCGUGAUGAUUUGAACGGUAUGGACGUUGCACGCAAGGUCACGAUCUGUGGUCGUUUGGCCGGUCUGGAUCUCGAUCUGUCGACGCUGUCUGUUGAAAACAUUGUCCCUGGUCCUCUGCAGUCGGUUGCAUCUGCUGACGAGUUCAUGGCCAAGUUGCCCGAGUUUGAUGGCCACUUUAAGCAGUUGAACGAGGAGGCCAAGAAGGAAGGCCAGGUCCUGCGUUAUGUCGGUCUCGUCGAUGUCAAGGGUGGAAACAGUGGCGUCAAGUUGAUCAAAUAUCCUGCCUCGCAUCCGUUUGCAUCCCUUCAGGGCAGCGACAACAUCAUCAAGUUCACGACAAAGUACUUCCCUAACGGCUUGAUCAUUCAGGGCGCUGGCGCUGGUUCUGCCGUCACUUCGUUUGGCAUCUACUCGGACUUGUUGAAGAUUCAGGAACGUGUCGAAGGCUUUUAAAUCAUCCGCUUUUGAUGUGUGGAAUCACAACGAUUUGUAUUA